UUCCGUGGAUGGACUGGACCUCCGCGGGCCCUCAGCCUCCCCCUUGAAGUGCAGCCAGGGCUCUCUCAAGAGCUUCGGAGAGGACCUGGCAAUAAAUACAGUUCAGUACCUGGCGCCUAGCUCUCAAAAGCCAUCUGAAGCGCUCGUGUGUGUGUGGCAGGCUCUGGUGAAGCCCAGAGACACGUGACUCAAUCCCACUGGCCAACUCUCCAACAUCCAAGCUAAUAUUAGUGUGCGGAACAAAUUAAAAUAUGUUGUGUAUUUCAGUGAAUCUGGGCACUGUCAACAAAGUCUGUCUUCUGGUCCUAAAACGACUGCAUUAGUAUCUGCUUUUACACAUUCAUGGAAUAAAGCAACAGUGAUUCUCUCCGUUAGAAAGCUCAGCGGUCUGUGCACCCUUAAAAGGUGCCGGACGAUGCGGUGCAGCAUGUCCAUUCUCCCCGGAGAUUACCGCUAAUAAGAGGGCCAGUAUUUAUAGAAGAUCUCCCCCCGUGGAUACCUCUAAUCCGGCCUCACCCCUUUUCAUCCCUGUGCCUGGACCGCUCGCUGUCUGCAGACACCAGCUCCAGCCUCGACCUCGCCUCACAUCAACUGAGUUAAGAAAAGCAGACAACAAUGUCCACCAGCGAGCGAUUUGACUGCCAUUACUGUAAAGACUCCCUGCUGGGGAAGAAGUACAUCAUGAAAGAGGACACGCAGUACUGCACUAAGUGCUAUGAGAACCUGUUUUCUAACAGCUGUGAAGGCUGCACUUUAGCAAUUACCUGCAACAGCAAGGACUUGUCUUACAAGGACCGCCACUGGCACGAGGAGUGUUUCAAGUGUGCAAAGUGCAGCCGCUCUUUGGCGGAAAAGGCCUUCGCCGCCAAAGACGAUGUGUUACUUUGCACUGAAUGCCACGCCCACGGUUACUCCUCCAAGUGCACCACCUGCAAGAAAACCAUCAUGCCAGGUAUGAUAUGUUGGGUUGAUGAUGGCGAUGAAUUGGCAUCCGACCUGCAGUACCGUGCGCACUGGGCCAGCCUCGAAUUCCCAACCCCUCCGCUACAUCUGUUCGGGCCUCGCACGCUUCACUGGCCUGGCCUGGACGGAUGCCGCUACAUCCUGUGGUUUGCCUUGUUAAAGUCCCGCUUUUCGCAUUCAUCUGCACGUUGUGUCAAAUGCGUGCCUCUUUGCUCGGUGCGUGCAGGUCUGGCCGGGGCCAAGUACAUCUCGUUUGAGGAACGCCAGUGGCACAGCGAGUGCUUCAGCUGCAGCCGGUGCUCCGUGACGCUGGUCGGACGCGGCUUCCUCACGCAGCGCGACGACAUCAUGUGCACCGACUGCGGCCGAGAGAAGUGACCGCGGAGCGGAGGGGUCGCAGGUUCAUCCCAACGACAAAGAGGGCUCCUGCUCGGGUACAGAUAUUGUGUACCCAUGAAUAGUUGUGCUCUGCAUGCACAUGAACACGCUUUAAAUGUCAAAUGUUUUUUUUUGGUGUGGUAAACAUUAGCUCUCUCACAACGCCCGUUUCCAUGAGGAUGCACGUGAAUCUUUAAAGUUAAGGUGCCAUUGUUCUAUUGUUUGAAUUUACUUAAUUUUUGACACGGAUAUACGAUUAUGUUGUAAUUUAUUAUUAUCAUAUUUUAUUAUUUUAUUACUAUAUUAUUAACAAUUAUUGGAUUAACAUAAGAGUUAGAAUUGUACACUUUAUUUUCUCUUCAAUGACAGGAAACUGAAUAUUUGUGUCUAUUGGUCGAAUACAUUUGUUGUUGUUGAAGAUAUCACUUUAGACACUAUUAUCUGACAAUGUAGACAAAAUGAUGAUUAAUAAUAAUAAUAAUAGUAAUAAUAAUAAUAAUUGUAAUACUAAUAAUAAUAGUAAUUGUAAUUAUAAUAAUAAUAAUUGUAAUAAUAAUAAUAAUUGUAAUAAUAAUAAUAGUAAUUGUAAUAAUAAUAAUUGUUAAUGAUGCACCAAAACAUAUUUUUCUUUAAUAAAGGUAUGACUUUCACAACACAUAGUUCUGCUCUAAGCUUAGUAUACAUGAUUAUGAUGCAUGAUGUAUGCGUUCUCAUGAAACACUUGUUCCAAUAAAGACCUUUCUAAAUCUU